GAUUAUGAAUAGUAUAACGUGCGUGUGCUUGCUUAUGUAUGUCAACGGACCCGUAUAUUCAGUCCAUUGCUGAUCUUUUUAACUCACACUCCGUUCAAAAGCUCUGUUUUUAUCUCACGCUUUGGAUUUUGUCGUACAUUUGGAGUCCUGUCUUACAUUUACAUUUAAACAGAAAUACUCAGGAAUCAUGAGUUCUCAGGUGAGGCAGAACUUUCACCAGGAGUGCGAGGCGGCCAUUAACAGACAGAUUUACCUGGAGCUGUACGCCUCAUAUGUCUACCUGUCCAUGGCAUUUUACUUUGACAGGGAUGACAAAGCUUUGCCGAAUUUUGCCAAGUUUUUCCACGAGCAGGCCAAAGAGGAGCGAGAACAUGCAGAGAAAUUGAUGAGUCUACAGAACCAAAGAGGAGGACGAAUCUACCUGCAGGACAUCAAGAAGCCAGAUCGGGAUGAGUGGGGAAGUGGUGUGGAAGCUCUGGAAUGUGCUUUGGCUCUGGAAAAGAGUGUUAACUUAUCAUUACUGGAACUUCACAAGGUGGCAACUCAACACAACGAUCCACAUGUUUGUGAUUUCCUGGAGACCCAUUACUUGGACGAGCAGGUGAAGUCUAUUAAGACGCUUGCUGAUUGGGUGGGCAGUCUGCGGAGGAUGGGCGCGCCUCAGAACAGCAUGGCAGAAUAUCUGUUUGACCGACACACUCUGGGAAAGGAAAGCUCUUAGACAAUAUUUAUUUAUUGGACAUUCUGCCCAAACAUACUAUAAACCAUAGUUCUAGUGGCCAGCAGUCCAAAAACACUAUGCCAUAAUUAUUGUCCAAAAGCAUUAAAUACAUCAAAGAAUCCUUAAAACAUCAACAAUGUUCUGUUUUUAAUCAUUGAAUUGAGUUGAUCGCAAUAAAAACA